AUGCAAAUGGUGUUGUGCACCAUCCUCCAUUUCUCUUUCAUGUCCCCUUUCAAAACUCCUUUCUUUCGCCUACGCCGCCUUCUCCUCAAAUCACCCCGUGAAGCGAUCGCCAUCUCACGGGAGAAAAUGGCUUCAGAAUCUAAGAACAGUGCCGUGGAAUCUGUCGUAUUGCCAGAUUCUGAGACUAAGAAUACAAAGAAGAGAAAAGGCAUUCUAUCAAGGAUAUGGAAUGCACUAUUUAGAGUACGUGAGGAUGAUUAUGGGAAGAGAUUGGAACAUAUUUCUAAGGAAGAGGCAGCUGUUCUUGCCAGAAUAACGAGGCGUUCUAAUAAUCUUCGGAGGAUGACAAGGCACUUUAUCGUAUUUUCUGUUCUUAUUGAGGUUAUUGCAGUGAGUUUUGCUAUCACCACCACAAGAUCCUUAAACUUGAACUGGCAAACGAGGGCGUUGCGAGUCUUACCGAUGUUUCUGCUACCAGCAUUGUCAUUCAUUACUUAUUCAACGCUUAGAAGCUUCUCGAGGAUGCGUGAUGGGAAAGACCAUAAGACUUUGGAAAAGCUUCGGGCUGAGAGGCAAGCUAAAAUUGAUGAAUUGAAAGAGAAGACCAAUUACUACAUUACUCAACAGCUAAUACAGAGGUAUGACCCGGAUCCAGCAGCCAAGGCAGCUGCAGCCACCGUGCUGGCAUCAAAGUUGGGUGCAGAUUCUGGUCUCAAAGUGUAUGUGGCGGACGAUUCUAACCCCACUGCCUCUACUGGAAAAAGCAAGGAUGUCGAACUGGCAUCCAAUACUACUGGCCUCAGACAGAGAAAGCAGUCCCACAAGAAAACCAAUAGCACAGAAAGCAGUCAUUCUGCCGGGUUUGAGGGGGUGGACUUGUCACAGCAGCAGCAUCAGCAUCAGCAUCAGUUGGUUGUUGAGCAUCACCCUCAAGCGGGUUUGACCUCAAAUGACGGAGGAUGGAUUGCUCGACUUGCCGCUUUGCUUGUGGGGGAGGACCCGGCUCACUCGUACGCGCUUAUCUGUGGGAAUUGCCAUAUGCACAACGGGCUUGCAAGGAAAGAAGACUUUCCAUAUGUCACUUACUACUGCCCGCACUGCAAUGCCUUAAAUAGGCCAAAACAAUCUGAUGAUCGUGUUUUUGUUUCUGGUUCCGCUACUCCCACCUCAAUGGCGGCGAAUGCGGAUAAUAAUGAUAAUGUAGUCGGAAGUCCAGGUGGCUCGACUGUGGAAGAGAUUUCUCCAAGUGCUACUCAUGUAGCUAAUGCUACUCAGACGUCCGAAAGCUGA